AUGAUCGACUCCUCAGCCUACCCCCACAUCCUAGACGGCAUCGUCGACCAAGCCGGGCCCGAGACGCUCCUCGCGCUCCGUGCGACAAGCCAAGCGCUGAAGCAACGGGCGGAUGCGCAUCUAGCUCGCCAUGUGGUCUUGAGGGACGACAUGUUGUCGCCCUUCCCAGGCUCUCCAAAGCCCCCCUCAUGGUGGCGCCGAUUGUGGUGGGGUCCAUCGCCAACAUCGUGGGUGCUGGACCCAGACCUCGCGCGGACCGUGGACAUUACUGGUCCGCCAGCCGAUAUGAGACUUGACAACUCGUCACACCUGGUUCCACGCAUCAACAUUCGUACUCUGCGCUUUGUUCCCUCUUCCACUGCCGAGUGGCCAGACGAAUACGCCGUCGCCGUCGCUGCGUCCCUCCUAAAACCCGACGAAGCGGUCGUCUUCUGCGCGCCUCGCGAUCCAUGGGCACUACACCGCGCCUUUGACACGACAUAUAACCUGGAACACUGCCUACAGCACCUGGGCGGGGUGGCUGGCCCUUCACUAGUAAUCAUGCCCCUCCCUCCGCGCCUGGUAUUAAAUGGCGCGGUUGGGGCUGGAGGUCGCUUCCUCCGCCUCCAGCUGCUGCACGUACUUGCGAUCGACGACGUCGUCGUCAUCCUCCAUCCCGCCAGGGGACGGCUCGACGCCUUCGCCGUCUGUGCCCAAGACCGAUACUGCACCAACUGCCAUGUGCUGGGGACAGUUAGCAAGGCAUUGCGCGAGAAGCGGGGGCGGCGGGUUGUUCUCGUCGGGUUGGAGAGUGUUGAUGAUUGGCUCUGGCCAGUGUGGCUCGGGCCGAAACAGUCGUCCCGCCUCCUCCAGGAGGAGGCGCCUGGCGUGGAUGUGGAGGAACAAGAAGCAGAGGCCAAGGCGGAACCGACACCGACGGGCGUCCAACUCGCUAACCGACUAGCCGACCUGCUCACAUAUGCGUGGGAGUGGCCUGACGACGCAAUCGAUGAUGUCCUGUCUCGCCUCCAGUUCUUCUCGAUGGACGAGUACCGCGCCAUGGUGGGCGAGGAGCGCUGGCGUAUCGAGGCGGAGCAGUAG